AUGGUGAAAAAGAGAAAGGGAAGUGAGUGGGAAGAAGAGGAAGAAAACAGUGAUAGGAACAUGGGUUUGGAGCAGAUGAUGGAAGAGGCUGCUGCAGUAGCAGCACUGUGUGGAUCUCGGAGGAACAGGAAACGAUACAUUGGGGUGCGCCAGCGGCCUUCCGGGCGGUGGGUGGCCGAGAUAAAGGACACAAUCCAGAAGAUACGAGUAUGGCUGGGAACUUAUGACACUGCUGAGGAGGCUGCAAGAGCCUAUGAUGAGGCAGCUUGCUUGCUUCGUGGGGCCAACACUCGCACAAACUUUUGGCCCUGUUCUUCAAGCCUUCACUCAGCCCCAGCUCUUCCCUCAAAGAUCUCCAAUCUUCUCUUGCUUAGGCUAAAAGCUAGGCAAAUUGCUUCUGCAUCAGCAACAACCUCUUUGCCUGCUGACUUUCAGGAGCAGGAAACAGAAGUAAAAGACCACCACUUCGAUAAUUUCUUCAAUGUGCUUGAAGAUCGCACCUUUUAUGAAAGUAGUGGUGCUAGUUCUGUAACUAAUAGCGAAAACAUUGCCCAAAGUUUUGCAUCAAGCUUUUCUGGAUUGGAAGGGGAUUGUGUGAGAGCAUUGGAUAUGGUGGAUAAUAACAAGUGCACCAAUGUUGAUGGAAAGACUAGUCAUGGUGAAGGGAAGGAUCAGGAAGAAAGAGAUCAAGAAAAAGAAGAUUUUGAUAUGGCUCUUAUAGAUCUGCAGUUUGUGGAUGAAGUGGGAUCUAAUUGUUAUUGCUCACCUUUUGAGAUAGCAGAGGAAAUGGUGAAACCAAUGGAGCAGGAGAAUCAUGGGGAUGAACCUUCAAUGCUUGGAGAAACUAUGAAGAGGUUGAUGUUUGAACGUAAGUUCUCAGCUUCUCUUUAUGCCUUCAAUGGGAUUCCAGAAUGUUUAAUGCUGAAGCAAUCAGGGCUGGUGGCAAAUGGAACAGAGAGGUCUGAACAAUUAUCCCACCACAUGAGUAACCUCAGAAAUAAUGGUAAUAAUACCAGAGAAGAUAAAAAAGAAACUGAAGAAAAUCUUCAUAUGGAGGUGCAAGAACAGGUUGGGAGCCGACAAAAGUCAAUGGAAAUAGGCUCUUCUUCUUCUUCU